AUGGCAGUCACAAACAUUGAACCGGGAUCUGCUUCAAUGCUGACCCGGGCCAUUGCCAUGGACCGUCGAAUUACAUUCAAGGCAGGACACGUAGUGGAUAGCUUAGGAUGUGACAACCGGUCACUGAUCUGGAGUAUGAGCCUUCGACCAUUGUGGCGCUCACUGGGCCCAGCAGUGCGGCCUGGACGUGUUUGUGCUGUGCUGCCACGGCUCGGGGCCGUCCGCGCUUUUGCGGACAGAAAAACAGGUACAGUCAAACUUUGGAACGAUCAGAAAGGUUUCGGCUUCAUCACGCCAUCAGAGGGUGGCGAGGACGUCUUUGUCCACCGGACGGGCAUCGCAGAGGGCGUUACACUUUCUCCUGGAUUGUCGGUGAGUUUUGCGCCAGAGUGGGACGACAAAAAGCGGAAGGACCGUGCUUCGGAUGUUCAGCUUGAAGCAGGUGGAGAAGGCAGCACACUUCCGGCUUCAGAUCAGCAAGGUUCAAAAGUUGCCGAUUCGCACCACAUCGUAGGAUCCUGGGAGAAAUGGAGCAUUCACAAAAAGGCGAUGGCUGGAGAAGAUUCCGUCUUCCGGCAGCAAGUUACCAUCAGAGAUGAUGCUCCCAAGGUUGGGGAGCUCAGGAGGGAGGAAUUCCAGAUUGUGGGCAAUGCCAGUUGGGAUAUCCGUCUUUAUCCUGGUGGUGGCGACAAACAGGAGGUCGUCGUGCUCAAGCCCGGUGGUCCAGGAUCCAAAGCAGCGACCGGAUCGAAGAGCAAGGGUCAUGGACGAAAUUGGGCCGUGGAAGGCCAGCCCGGCGACAAUAUUGACGUCACGCUGAACACUGACACGAUGAUGGUUUCAGCUGAGACCGUGGAGUGA